UGCUGGAAACUUCUACCAUGCCGGGUUUGGCUAUCUUGGGCCUCAGUCUGGCUGCUUUCCUGGAGCUUGGGAUGGGGUCCUCUUUGUGUCUGUCACAGCAAUUCAAGGCACAAGGGGACUAUAUAUUGGGUGGACUAUUUCCCCUGGGCACAACUGAGGAGGCCACUCUCAACCAGAGAACACAGCCCAACGGCAUCCUAUGUACCAGGUUCUCGCCCCUUGGUUUGUUCCUGGCCAUGGCUAUGAAGAUGGCUGUAGAGGAGAUCAACAAUGGAUCUGCCUUGCUCCCUGGGCUGCGACUGGGCUAUGACCUGUUUGACACAUGCUCAGAGCCAGUGGUCACCAUGAAGCCCAGCCUCAUGUUCAUGGCCAAGGUGGGAAGUCAAAGCAUUGCUGCCUACUGCAACUACACACAGUACCAACCCCGUGUGCUGGCUGUCAUUGGUCCCCACUCAUCAGAGCUUGCCCUCAUUACAGGCAAGUUCUUCAGCUUCUUCCUCAUGCCACAGGUCAGCUAUAGUGCCAGCAUGGAUCGGCUAAGUGACCGGGAAACAUUUCCAUCCUUCUUCCGCACAGUGCCCAGUGACCGGGUGCAGCUGCAGGCCGUUGUGACACUGUUGCAGAAUUUCAGCUGGAACUGGGUGGCUGCCUUAGGUAGUGAUGAUGACUAUGGCCGGGAAGGUCUGAGCAUCUUUUCUGGUCUGGCCAACUCACGAGGUAUCUGCAUUGCACACGAGGGCCUGGUGCCACAACAUGACACUAGUGGCCAACAAUUGGGCAAGGUGGUGGAUGUGCUACGCCAAGUGAACCAAAGCAAAGUACAGGUGGUGGUGCUGUUUGCAUCUGCCCGUGCUGUCUACUCCCUUUUUAGCUACAGCAUCCUUCAUGACCUCUCACCCAAGGUAUGGGUGGCCAGUGAGUCCUGGCUGACCUCUGACCUGGUCAUGACACUUCCCAAUAUUGCCCGUGUGGGCACUGUUCUUGGGUUUCUGCAGCGCGGUGCCCUACUGCCUGAAUUUUCCCAUUAUGUGGAGACUCGCCUUGCCCUAGCUGCUGACCCAACAUUCUGUGCCUCCCUGAAAGCUGAGUUGGAUCUGGAGGAGCGCGUGAUGGGGCCACGCUGUUCACAAUGUGACUACAUCAUGCUACAGAACCUGUCAUCUGGGCUGAUGCAGAACCUAUCAGCUGGGCAGUUGCACCACCAAAUAUUUGCAACCUAUGCAGCUGUGUACAGUGUGGCUCAGGCCCUUCACAACACCCUGCAGUGCAAUGUCUCACAUUGCCACACAUCAGAGCCUGUUCAACCCUGGCAGCUCCUGGAGAACAUGUACAAUAUGAGUUUCCGUGCUCGAGACUUGACACUGCAGUUUGAUGCCAAAGGGAGUGUAGACAUGGAAUAUGACCUGAAGAUGUGGGUGUGGCAGAGCCCUACACCUGUACUACAUACUGUAGGCACCUUCAACGGCACCCUUCAGCUGCAGCACUCGAAAAUGUAUUGGCCAGGCAACCAGGUGCCAGUCUCCCAGUGCUCCCGGCAGUGCAAAGAUGGCCAGGUGCGCAGAGUAAAGGGCUUUCAUUCCUGCUGCUAUGACUGUGUGGACUGCAAGGCAGGGAGCUACCGGAAGCAUCCAGAUGACUUCACCUGUACUCCAUGUGGCAAGGAUCAGUGGUCCCCAGAAAAAAGCACAACCUGCUUACCUCGCAGGCCCAAGUUUCUGGCUUGGGGGGAGCCAGCUGUGCUGUCACUUCUCCUGCUGCUUUGCCUGGUGCUGGGCCUGACACUGGCUGCCCUGGGGCUCUUUGUCCACUACUGGGACAGCCCUCUUGUUCAGGCCUCAGGUGGGUCACUGUUCUGCUUUGGCCUGAUCUGCCUAGGCCUCUUCUGCCUCAGUGUCCUUCUGUUCCCAGGACGACCACGCUCUGCCAGCUGCCUUGCCCAACAACCAAUGGCUCACCUCCCUCUCACAGGCUGCCUGAGCACACUCUUCCUGCAAGCAGCCGAGAUCUUUGUGGAGUCUGAGCUGCCACUGAGUUGGGCAAACUGGCUCUGCAGCUACCUUCGGGGCCCCUGGGCUUGGCUGGUGGUACUGCUGGCCACUCUUGUGGAGGCUGCACUAUGUGCCUGGUACUUGAUGGCUUUCCCUCCAGAGGUGGUGACAGAUUGGCAGGUGCUGCCCACGGAGGUACUGGAACACUGCCGCAUGCGUUCCUGGGUCAGCCUGGGCUUGGUGCACAUCACCAAUGCAGUGUUAGCUUUCCUCUGCUUUCUGGGCACUUUCCUGGUACAGAGCCAGCCUGGUCGCUAUAACCGUGCCCGUGGCCUCACCUUCGCCAUGCUAGCUUAUUUCAUCAUCUGGGUCUCUUUUGUGCCCCUCCUGGCUAAUGUGCAGGUGGCCUACCAGCCAGCUGUGCAGAUGGGUGCUAUCUUAUUCUGUGCCCUGGGCAUCCUGGCCACCUUCCACCUGCCCAAAUGCUAUGUACUUCUGUGGCUGCCAGAGCUCAACACCCAGGAGUUCUUCCUGGGAAGGAGCCCCAAGGAAGCAUCAGAUGGGAAUAGUGGUAGUAGUGAGGCAACUCGGGGACACAGUGAAUGACCCCUGAUCCAAUGACCUUACCUUUAGUGAACCCAGCCCUACCAGAGAUCUCCUAAGCCAUCAAACCCCAAACAGUACUUCAACCAUAGACUUGAGACACUGAACAUAAACUCGGACUCCAUUGGCCUUAGUCCUACAGUGACACCCCCACACACUGAAGGCCUGCUGAGCACAAGAUGGACCCUAUGAGCCCACCUACCCCUCAAAGGCAAGAUCAUCCUUGAUCCUGUUAUGCCUACCUAAGGCCUCCCCAGGUGACCAGGCUCUAUGAUCUUAGAAAACGACCCACAAAAGGUUCUUUGGGACUACAUAGCCAUACUUUGAACCUAGGAAUUCCCCAGGCAGACAGACCCUGGGAGGUCAGAAAGUACUACUUGCCUGAACAUGCCAGGCGGGGGCCUCAUCAGUGCCCUGUCCAGGCAUCCCAGGAAUAGAAGGCUGGGCAUGUAUAGGUAUUGGGACAGAGCAAGAAAGACAGCAGGCAGAGCACACUCAGGAGGGAGGCAACAUCCAGUCUUCUCCAUUCCUGGCUGAGCCCUAGCCUGGAGGAGAAAACCGGGUCGCCACCAGCACCUUGGACAGAGCAUACACAGGGGUACGGGUCAGCACCACGGCCAGCACCAGCCACCCAGGACCCCUGGAAUCAGCUUCUAGUACCAAGGACAGAAAAGUUGCCUGCAAGGCCCCUUACUGGCCAGCACCAGGGACAGAGCCACAUGACUAAGCGGCAAGGGACAAGGGUAUCUUCCAUCUCCAGGCAGGAUCAGACCUGGGUCAGUUCUGGACUGGCCCCCACACCUGAAUCCGGAAGCAGCUUAGCUGGAGAAAAGAAAAAUAAGCCACACAUCAGUCCCAUAAAAUUAAACGCUUUUUUUAGUGUUUAAAA